UGAUUCUAAUAAUGAUAUUGAAAAAGAAGAAACACAAAUUCAAAAUCAAUUAGAUCAAUGGUUAAAAAUACUUCAAGAAAAUAAUGAAAAUAUAGUUGAUUUAGAUUUCGAUAUUAUGUAG